CGACCUGGCCGGCUGAGGCCCGCGCCCGCCGAGGCCUCCUGAGGCCCCGGUCCGGCGGCGGCGACGGCCAUGGCCGGAGGGCCGGGCCCCGGAGAGCCUGCAGUUCCCGGUGCCCAGCACUUCUUAUACGAGGUGCCACCCUGGGUUAUGUGUCGCUUCUACAAAGUGAUGGACGCCCUGGAGCCCGCCGACUGGUGCCAGUUCGCGGCCUUGAUUGUGCGCGACCAGACAGAGCUGCGACUGUGCGAGCGCUCCGAGCAGCGCACGGCCAGCGUUCUGUGGCCCUGGAUCAACCGCAACGCGCGCGUGGCUGACCUCGUUCACAUCCUCACGCACCUGCAGCUGCUGCGUGCGCGGGACAUCAUUACAGCCUGGCACCCUCCUGCCCCUGUUCUGCCCCCAAACCCUGCUGCUCCAAGGCCCAGCAGCAUCUCUGCAGGCCCCGAGGCUGAGGACUGGAGUCCCCGGAAAUUGCAGUCCUCUGCCUCCACCUUCCUCUCCCCAGCUUUUCCAGGCUCCCAGACCCAGUCCGAAUCAGAGCUCCUCCCCGUUCCAAUCUUUGCUUCCCUCAGGCCACCACUGCCAUCGUCAGCCCCUUCCUCUACCAAGCAGCCCAGCCCAGAGAGCCCAGUGUCUGACCUCCAAAAAGCCCAGCCCGCCCCAUUUUGCUGGCCCUUCUGUGAGAUUUCUCAAGGCACCUGCAACUUCUCUGAAGAGCUCAGGAUCGGAGAGGGUGGUUUUGGGUGUGUGUACCGAGCAGUAAUGAGAAAUACCACAUACGCUGUGAAGAGACUGAAGGAGGAGGCUGACCUAGAGUGGACUGUGGUGAAACAGAGCUUCCUAACAGAGGUGGAGCAGCUGUCAAGGUUCCGUCACCCAAAUAUCGUGGACUUUGCUGGCUACUGUGCAGAGAGUGGCUUCUACUGCCUUGUUUAUGGCUUCCUGCCCAACGGCUCCUUGGAGGAUCGACUCCACCGUCAGACCCAAGCCUGCUCCCCUCUCUCCUGGCCUCAACGACUGGACAUUCUUCUGGGCACAGCCCGGGCUAUUCAGUUUUUACAUCAGGAUAGCCCCAGCCUUAUCCACGGAGACAUCAAGAGUUCUAAUGUGCUUCUGGAUGAGAGACUGAUGCCCAAGCUGGGAGACUUUGGCCUGGCUCGUUUCAGCCGCUUUGCAGGGGCCAACCCAAGCCAGAGCAGUACUGUGGCCCGGACUUGCACAGUACGGGGUACCCUCGCCUACCUGCCUGAGGAGUACAUCAAGACGGGCCGGCUGGCUGUGGACACCGAUACCUUCAGCUUUGGGGUGGUAAUACUGGAGACCCUCACCGGUCAGAGGGCUGUGAGGACACAAGGUACCAGGACCAAGUAUCUGAAAGACCUGAUUGAAGAUGAGGCUGAAGAGGCUGGAGUGGCCCUGAAAAGCACCCAGCCUACUCUGCAGGUGGGUGUGGCCACGGAUGCUUGGGCUGCUCCAGUUGCUGCCCAGAUCUGUAAGAAGCACCUGGACUCCAGACCUGGGCCCUGUCCACCCCAACUGGGCCUGGCCUUGGCUCAACUGGCUUGCUGCUGCAUGUACCGUCGGGCCAAGAAGAGGCCCCCUAUGACCCAGGUGUACAAGAGGCUUGAGGGGCUGCAGGUAGGGCCUCCUUGGGAGCUAGAGGUUGCUGGCCAUGGCCCCCCUUCCCCACAGGAGAACUCCUACAUGUCCAGCACUAACAGUGCCCAGAGUGGGGGUGAAGGAUGGCAGCCUCUAGUAGUGAGCACAAAAGCCCCAGCCCAAGCUGCACAGCAAGUCCAGAAAAGUCCCAACCAGCCAGUGGAGAGUGAUGAGAGUGCUCCCAGCCUCUCUGCUGCACUGCACUCCUGGCACCUGACCCCAGAUGCCUGCCCAAGUCCAGCAUCCUUCAGAGAAGCUAGCUGUACCCAGAGGGGUACCACCAGAGAAUCAAGUUUGAGGAGUGGUCCAGGCGUCCAGCCCACAACCAUGGAAGGCUCAUCCAUGGGCAGCUCCUCCUCAUCAUCAGAGCCACCACAGAUCAUCAUCAACCCAGCCCGACAGAAGAUGGUACAGAAGCUGACCCUGUAUGAGGAGGGGGUCUUGGAUAGCCUGCAGCUGCUGUCAUCAGGCUUUUCCCCAGGCUUGGAUUUAGAACCUGAAAAUAGGCACGGGCCUGAAGAAAGUGACGAAUUUCAGAGCUGAUUUGUUCACCCAGGCAAAUCCUUCAGACUCAGAUGUCAAAGUUCUCAUGGUUGGAAGUUCUCAGGAUGUGCAACCUCCUUAAUAGCCCAAAGGCAUCCAGUGUAGGGGCCCACCCUGGUGAAGGAGAGAGGGGGGUGGACCCUGCUGUUCUCAGGGUAUGAGGUACAAACAGGGUCAGCUGAAGAACCUGAUAGAAGCUCAGAGGGCAGGCCGUCUCAGGCCACCAUUUGGGAGCAAGGCAAGCAG